AUGACAAUUUCGCGAUACAGAAACGGCUUCAACCUGGCCUAUUAGUGAGUGGCAAGGAAAACUCGCAAUUGCACACCAUUGAUAAACACGCCGCGAGACAAGUAGAAGUCGCGCAACGUGUUUCCAGUCGAUCUCAGCAGCGGUCUCGAAUAUCUCCCGCUCGAGAUCGAGAGGAAACACUGGCGACAUGACGGAAAGAAUCAAAGGGCGGAAUUAGAUCCCGCCAUCAGCGCAUCACGUGAAAUCUGCCGCAUGUUGAUGCGGUAGCUGUCGACGCCCCAAUCUUCCCCCGCUGUCAGGACUGCCCCACUCUUUUUCCCUCCCUCCGUCAUCGUCCUUCUGGACCCCGCAUUGUCCCGGGCCUGGUGCUCGUCCGUCUCCGUCCGCUCCAACACGAACUUCCCUACAAAGCGCAGCCUCCACAGAAUCAGCGACCCUUUUCCAGCUUAGCACAAUAACGUCAAUCUCGGUAUAAAGGCCGCGACGUGCGUCCACAUACUCGCUAUUGUUCUCCCCCCUUCUUAACUCGCUCCCCCUGCCUCUAGCUAAACCCGCAGACAUGACCGAAUACGACUACUCCCCCGAAGGCUACCGCCAGUUCCAGCGCACGCAGGAGAGGAUAUCGAAUUGGGCAGACGACACAGCGCAGCAGGCGCACAAAUACAAGAAUCCUUUCUUGCCACGCUCUGACGCUGACUUCCGCGGCAACGAGUUCUACGGGAAAGGCUCCGGUUCUGGCUCGAAAUCGGGGUCGGCAUCGAGCAGUCGCAGACACACGCCUUCCGGGCACCACCACCAUUCCUCCCGCUCAAAGCCAACCCGGUCAUACUCUCAGGGAGUGGUAGCACAGCCAACCGCGCGGGCACCAGCCCGCUCGAAUACCAUCGCUGUCAGUCCUCACGACUCCAUCUCCCAAAUCGGGACUCGCCAGCGCGCCCGCUCCCAUUCGCCAUCUCGCCAUCGUAGCAGCAGCGGAAAGCACCACCGUUCUGGCACAACAACCUAUGUUAUCAACCCCCAGCCUCAAUAUGGGUACACUGGUGCUCCCUAUGUCCAGUCUCCGGGUGGUUAUUACGCAGCGCCUCAGCCUCAGCCCCAAGCACAACCCCAACCGGCUGCCUAUGUCGUUUAUCCGCGCGGCAAGGUGCAGAUUGUGUAUCCAGAGCCACAACAGUAUACGUCCUACCCCCCAGCGGCACACCCUUCGCAGGAGCAUCACAGUGGCUUUUUCUCCAAGAUCUUCAACCGCAGUGGCAGCGGGAGUCGUCGCAGCCGCAGCCUGAGCCGGUCGCGCAGAUAG